GCGUAGCAACGAGGGCGGGGCCUGGGCCGUCCCGGGCCGGGUUAUGAGGAGGCGCCGGCGGCAGCCCCCGGCGCGCGGCGGUGGCAGCGGUAGCAGCAGCGGGUGAUGCUACCUCCUCUGAAAAUUUGGGAAGUUCCAGAAGACUGACGCCCAGUUUAAUUUUGCAUACAGAAUAAGACAGUGGCUCCAGAGACAUGGCAUCAAGGCUUGCUCUGGCCUUGCAUGCCCUACUGUAAUUGGGAUCCUGGUCUUUCAGGCUGGAAUGUGAAGACUUUAGCAGAAUCCUUCCAAUAAUGGAGGCAAAAUCCAUAGUCAUCUCUGUGGAAGGGAUGACAUGCAACUCUUGUGUCCAAACCAUUGAACAGCAUGUUGGAAAACUGAAUGGCAUCCACGACAUAAAAGUCUCUCUCGAGGGAAAGAAUGCAGCUAUUAUCUAUGACCCCAAAGUGCAGACGCCAGAGUCUCUGCAGGAAAUUAUAGAUGACAUGGGAUUUGAUGCCACUCCAGCCAAUUCCAACCCAGAACCUGUUUUACCUGACACUACUUUUCUUACUAUUCCUCCUCAGUCAACUCUAACACCUGAACAAAUCCGUAACACUCUGCUGAAGAACAAGGGUAUUCUGGAUGUUAAAAUUUCCUUUGAUCAAAAAACUGCAGUUGUGACAUUCGUGUCUUCCAUUAUAAAUGAUGCCCAGAUUCUCCAAAUGGUUCCAGGCUUAGAUUUAAAUAUUGCAGUGCCUGGGAAAAUGCCAGGGACUGCAGGGGAUUUGAACUGGUCCCGAACAAGUGAUGUUGUACUAAGGCUGAAGGUGGAAGGGAUGACUUGUCACUCUUGUAGCAGCACCAUUGAAGGGAAGAUUGGCAAACUACAAGGUGUUCAGCGGAUUAAAGUCUCCCUGGACAAUCAGGAAGCCAUUGUUGUGCAUCAGCCUCACCUGAUUACAGCAGAGGAAAUCAAAAACCAAAUUGAAGCUGCUGGUUUCACAGCAUCUAUCAAAAAACAGCUCAAACCACUCAAGCUGGGAGCUAUUGAUGUAGGACGUUUGAAGAAUACCCACACCAAAAGCUCAGAGGGAAUGCGGCAAAAAAGUCCAAAGCAUAUGAAUGACUUAAAGACCAUUGUUUUCAGAGUCAAUGGCAUGCACUGCAAUUCAUGCGUCUCGAACAUUCAGAGCACCAUAUCCGCACUCCCAUCUGUAGCAAGCAUAGUAGUUUCCUUGGAAAAGAAAUCUGCUCUGGUAAAGUACAACCCAAACUUAAUUCAUGUGGAUGCAUUAAGAAGAGCCAUAGAAGCAGUGUCACCAGAGACAUUUAAAGUCAGCCUUUCUGAUGAAUAUGAAGAUGUAGAGCUUCUCAACACACAGGCAUCUCCAGUGAAGUCCCCUUUAAAUAGAAACAAAUGGCCCCUUACACAAGUUACUGUGAUAAAUAUUGAGGGAAUGACUUGUAAUUCUUGUGGGCAGUCUAUUGAGGGAGUCAUUUCCCAAAAGCCAGGUGUCAAAUCAAUACACAUCUCCCUUGUGAAUCAUAAUGGGACAAUAGAAUAUGACCCUCUGCUAACCAGCCCAGAAGAUUUAAUAUCUUCCAUCGAGGACAUGGGAUUUGAUGCUUCAUUACCAGAAAAAACAGAACCAUUGGUGUUAAUAAAGCAGCCAUCCCUGGAAUUGCCAUUAGAGUCUCAGGCUAAUAUGCACCACAAAAGUGAGCCUUACACCAAAGUGUCGCCAGUUUAUGGCAAAAAACAAGAGGCAACAACGCCAUCAAAGUGUUACAUCCAAGUCACUGGCAUGACCUGUGCUUCCUGCGUAGCAAACAUUGAAAGAAAUCUGAGGAGAGAAGAUGGAGUACAUUCUGUGCUUGUUGCCCUCAUGGCAGGGAAGGCAGAAGUGAGGUAUAACCCGGAUGUCACCCAGCCAUCUGUUAUAGCAGAACUAAUCCGAGAACUGGGAUUUGGAGCUAUUGUUAUGGAAAACUGUGAUGAAGGAGAUGGGAUUCUAGAGCUUGUUGUGAGAGGAAUGACAUGUGCCUCAUGUGUCCACAAAAUAGAAUCCACCCUCAUGAAGACUAAAGGCAUAUUAUAUAGCUCAGUAGCUCUUGCAACCAACAAAGCCCACAUUAAGUAUGAUCCUGAAAUUAUUGGUCCUCGGGACAUUAUACGAAGGAUAGAGGAUUUAGGCUUUAACACAUCUCUGGUGAAGAAGGAUAGAUCUGCUAGCCAUCUAGACCACAAACAGGAAAUAAGGCAAUGGAAACGAUCUUUUCUCUUGAGCCUGACUUUCUGUGUUCCUGUCAUGGGGUUGAUGAUUUAUAUGAUGAUUGUGGACAGUCACCUCUCAGAUGCUCACCAGCGUCACAAUGUGAGCGAUGAGGAAAUAGAGGCCUAUCACUCUUCUAUGUUUCUGGAGCGUCAAGUCCUACCUGGAUUGUCUGUUAUGAAUUUACUCUCUUUUUUACUGUGUGUCCCUGUACAGAUAUUUGGAGCAUGGUACUUCUAUAUUCAAGCCUACAAAGCACUAAAACACAAAACUGCGAACAUGGAUGUGCUAAUAGUUUUAGCAACCACCAUUGCAUUCACCUACUCCUUUGUUAUUCUCCUUGUUGCCAUGGCUGAAAAAGCAAAAGUGAAUCCAGUGACCUUCUUCGACACACCUCCGAUGCUACUUGUGUUCAUAUCACUGGGCAGGUGGCUGGAACACAUAGCAAAGGGUAAAACAUCAGAAGCCCUUGCAAAACUUAUCUCAUUACAAGCUACAGAAGCAACUGUUGUUACCUUGAGCCCAGACAACGUUCUCUUAAGUGAAGAUCAAGUUGAUGUUGAACUGGUUCAGCGAGGAGACAUUGUAAAAGUGGUUCCAGGAGGCAAAUUCCCAGUGGAUGGCCAUGUUAUUGAAGGACACUCCAUGGUAGAUGAGUCCCUCAUCACAGGUGAAGCAAUGCCUGUGGCCAAAAGACCCGGCAAUACAGUUAUAGCAGGGUCUAUUAAUCAGAAUGGGUCACUGCUGAUCCGUGCAACCCAUGUUGGAGCUGAUACAACUCUUUCCCAGAUUGUCAAACUCGUCGAGGAGGCGCAGACCUCAAAGGCGCCGAUCCAGCAGUUUGCAGACAAACUUAGUGGCUAUUUUGUGCCUUUUAUUGUGGCUGUCUCUGUGGUGACCCUUUUUGCUUGGAUUGUCAUUGGAUUUGUUGAUUUUGAAAUAGUGGAAAAAUAUUUUCUUGGUUACAAUAAGAGCAUUUCCAAAACUGAAGUGAUAAUCCGCUUUGCUUUCCAAGCCUCCAUCACUGUCCUGUGUAUUGCUUGCCCUUGCUCACUGGGCUUAGCUACCCCAACAGCGGUGAUGGUGGGUACUGGAGUAGGAGCGCAGAAUGGCAUAUUGAUCAAAGGUGGGGAGCCACUAGAGAUGGCACAUAAGGUUAAGGUAGUGGUGUUUGAUAAAACAGGGACCAUUACACAUGGAGCACCUCAAGUGAUGCAGGUGAAGAUUCUCGUGGAGAGUAACCGGAUGCCACACAAUAGGAUUUUGGCAAUAGUGGGCACUGCAGAGAGUAACAGUGAACAUCCCCUUGGAGUAGCGAUAACAAAACACUGCAAGAAGGAACUGGACUCAGAAACCCUUGGGACAUGCACAGAUUUCCAGGUAGUUCCAGGCUGUGGCAUUAGCUGUAAAGUCACCAAUAUUGAGGCAUUGCUGUACAGGAGGAAUCAAAGGAUUGAAGGAAACAACAUUAGAAAUGUAACACUGGUGAAAAUUGGUGAGGACACUGAGGAAUCAAUGCAACCAGCCUUGAUUAUUGAUGCCCAGCUACCUGCUACUAUGAAUUCUCAGAAGUACUCUGUUCUUAUUGGAAACCGGGAGUGGAUGAAUAGAAAUGGCAUCCUCCUUCAAAGUGAUGUUGAUAAUGCCAUGAUUGAACAUGAACAAAGGGGUCGCACUGCUGUCCUAGUGGCUGUUGAUGGAGUGCUCUGUGGCUUGAUAGCAAUUGCUGAUACAGUGAAACCUGAGGCUGAAUUGGCAGUCUUCACUUUGAAGACAAUGGGCUUAGAAGUUGUUCUAAUGACUGGAGACAACAGCAAAACAGCCAGAUCUAUUGCUGCUCAGGUUGGCAUCACCAAAGUGUUUGCUGAGGUUCUUCCUUCCCACAAAGUAGCCAAAGUGAAACAGUUACAAGAUGAAGGGAAGCGGGUAGCGAUGGUGGGAGAUGGGAUCAAUGAUUCCCCUGCUCUUGCCAUGGCUAAUGUUGGAAUUGCUAUUGGCACAGGCACUGAUGUUGCCAUUGAGGCUGCAGAUGUGGUUCUAAUUAGGGAUGACUUGAUGGAUGUAGUGGCAAGUAUAGAUUUAUCAAGGAAGACUGUCAAAAGGAUCCGGAUCAACUUUGUCUUUGCUCUGAUUUAUAACCUUAUUGGAGUUCCUGUAGCUGCUGGUGUCUUCCUGCCAAUUGGUUUGGUUCUGCAGCCAUGGAUGGGCUCUGCAGCUAUGGCCGCCUCUUCCGUUUCCGUUGUACUUUCUUCUCUGAUGCUAAAGCUUUACAAGAAACCAAGUUCUGAGAAAUAUGAACUCCGUGCCCAUGGCCAAAUGAAACACAAGAGUCCUUCAGAAAUUAGCGUUCAUAUUGGAAUUAAUGAAACAGGGAAAGAUUCUCCUAAACUGAGUCUAAUGGAUCGGAUCAUCAAUUACAGCAGAGCCUCGAUAAAUUCCCUUUUCUCCGAUAAGCGAUCACUCAACAGCAUAGUUCUCAGUGAGCCAGAUAAGCACUCGCUCUUAGUGGGGGACUUCAGAGAGGAAGACGACACAGCGUUAUGAAAAAUUCUGAAGGAGACAUGGCUGGCCAGAACACUUUAUAAGCACUGACAUGUUCUGGAGGUCUGACUUGUUUUCAUUUUAUGGGUUUAAUUGCUCAUUUAUAUGGGAAAGAAAAUAUUUUUAUGCUUCAAACUGAAAAGCUGCUCUGUUUUAUUUGCAGUUACCUUCCAGUAUUUUUUUUAACCCAGUCACAGCAAAAAGAAAAGGAGCAGUAGCUACUAAAGCCUCCCAGCAAAGCUGGGUAACAGUCCUAUGAAGCUAUUUGUGUCAUAUUAUUUUUGACAAGAUACCAAAAUAAACCCUCCAGGGAGAGCAGAAAUAGGCUGGGAAAUAAAUAAUGGGCAACUAUGGGCAGUUUUUUUAUGCCUAGCGUAGUUAAAGUGUGCAUCACAAGGAUCUUAAAUGUGAAAGUUGUUUGCAAGCGGAUGUGCCUUAUUGCAUAACUUUCAGGAUUUUUCAUAUUUUUAUACCCCUGCUUCGUACAAAAAUGGUUCCUCAAACAUUUUACCUUUUAUGUUAUUUAAUAUUCCCCCCUCCAGCAUUCAAAGCAUCUCAUCCCCUUUGAUCUGGAUUUCUUAUCAUACACAGAAAGAUUAAGGGGCCUUCCUACUAUUUGGUCCCUGUUUAUCUUCUUUCUUUUUUCCAAGUACUCAUGUCCCAAUACACUCCUGCUACUGAGAAGGCACUCUAAAAGUACACACCCUGGGCGGAUCUGUCGUUUCACUCCUGCUCUUUGCUAGCUCCAAAAAUGCAUCAUCUGAGAUCUUUCUGAGCAUCUAACAUGCUAUGCUACUAGGUGAAUUAUUGGGCUGUCUAAGAAGCCUGUUUAUUCAUUUCAAGUAGGUGGUGUUUAGUUAGCAGAACUAUUUCUUUCCCUUUAAAUUAACUCAGCUGAUUCAUAUAGAUGCUACAGAUGUUACACUGCUCUUAUCUUUUUACAAUUCACUCCUUGCAGUUGGCUAUGAAUACCAAAGUAUUUCCUUUAUUUAUUGUGUACUGAGCUAGCACCAGUUACUUGUAAUGCUGUCAAGUGUCCACAUACCAGGGAUGUUCCUGAGCUAAACCCCUAGAUCCAAACUGUCUCGGUUUGGGAAGGUUAAGCUCCACCAUCAUUUCCUACAGAACUGAACGCUCAAAGUCUGAAUAUCUUUUAUCAUUAAAUCAGAAAGAUUGAAAGUACAAUUGGUGUUUAUCACCCAAUAAUCUACUUGGGAUGUUUAUUAAUCUGUAAACCUUACACUGUAGACCUACUGCAGUGAGAGCUAACUAAAAGCAGGCUUGGUAAAUAAGUCUUAUGAACCACACUAUGGAAUUGGAGCCAUGAGGUGAUUGUUUAAUUUCCAUUUGUGUUUUUUAGAGAAUUGAGAACACCUCGAAUCAGAAAUAGACAAUGCAGAUUGCUAAACAUUAGCAUUCUGGUUUUGAAAUUAAUUUAAGACAUGCAUCAUGCAUAUAAAAAAAGUCAUAAGAAGAGUUUGCUCUGUUUUAAAAUAAUUCAUCACUGAAAUAUCUCUUACUUGAAUAUUAAGGGGAAAAUAUCCAGAUAUGAAAGCAGUAAGGCUGUGCAGUGGAAUACACUAUCAAGAAGGCACAAGAGCAGCACAUUUUUCAUGUUCCAAUGAGUGCAAUAUGUUAUUUGUUAUUGUUCUUGCUACACGAGGUAGAGAAUUAGGUAGUAGGGAAACAACACACUUCUAUAGAGUUUGUUUUCCUGAGAUUGCUAACUAAAAAGAUUUUUUUAAAGAUUUUUAAUCUAGAUCAUAGCUAUAUUUGUCCAUUUUGAUGACAGAAAAUAUUGUUAUGCUGCAGUAAAACCAUUUCAUUAAAUGGUAGUCUUCAACAGCAAAGCUAUUUAUGAGAAAAUGAAUGGAUAUUUGUGUAGAAACUACUACUUGCCUAGGCAAUGUUUAGUGCUUCAGAAUUGAUAAUUUGCUUCCAAAUUAUUCCAGUUCUCUCUGUCCUCUCCCCUCAUUUUGGGAGGCUGUUCUUGGUGAGAUCCAGCAGGUGGAAUGGGAAGUACUUGCAUUUUUUUUUCUAAAAGGAGCAUUUUCACGUGAGGACAGACUUUCAAUUUGAAAUAGAAGGUAUUUCUAUAUGGUGGUGACAGGUAGUCUUUUUCUGCUUCAUCCUGCAAGAAGGACACAGGGCCUUGGCUUGUAAGGGAAUUUUGGCAUUGAUCUCUUUGGACCCAGGAUCUGCUUUGUAAUUCUGUACUAAAGCUUAAAAUGGCUCCAUAUCAGCAUUAUGCUUUGGCCACAGGCAGCAGGAACAGUCAUUUUUGGUUAAGCCCUGGUUUAAACUCCCAUUUGAUAGUUACAAAACAGACAGUUGUGAGAGCAACUCAUUACUAAAUGUUUUAGGUGAAUGGAUUUGGUUAAAUCAGCUAUAUAUGAAAGUCCCCUGCCCCACUCCCAUUCACAAGUCUCUUCAAGAGUUUCCCAGCUGUUUGCUGAAUCCAUUUAAACCAAUAUUUGAUCCAGUUGCAGCACAGAAACUGUCCUAAUCAAAACUGAGGUGCCUCUUGUUUUAAUCAGCUGACUGGAAAUGUGUUUUGAACUUGAAUGCAUACACAAUGCAUUGAAAUAUUCAGUACUGUAGAUUUGGUCCAGGAUAUCUUGAGCCCAUCUCCUUGAAAACAGAGUUGUUUGUCCAACAAAUAUUUCUGUCAUGAGUUGUAGCUGUUUUAGAAUGUUUAUCUUUGGAUGCCUUGUGAAUAAAGUAUUUUAUAUAAUGCUUUACAUUGAAAAACCAAAAUGUUUUCUAGUUUGAUUGUACUGUGCAGGUGAAAUACCAUGAAAGGUAAAAUAUUUCCACAAAUAUAAACAGAAUAAUUUUUUGUCAAUAAACUUUAUUCCUGUUUGACAACCUCGUGAUAUCAGGAGUUUAAAUUCUAAUGUGUAAUCAAAGCUAUCUGAAUAAUAGUAGUCAUAGAUGAAUACAUACGUUAAACCAGGUUUUUUAUUUAUUUUUAUUACUUCCAGCAGUGUCACUUAGUUUCAAAAGCUAAGUGUAAAACCUCUCCUUUCUUAAAAUCAACACACUCAAGACCCUGAAAACCUUUGUCUGAAUAUUACACUGUAUAAGCCAGUACACUUUUACAAAUGAUAAUGAAAUGUCUUGUAGUUAUAUAUAACAGUUUGUACCAAAAGGAACUGACCAAAUCUCAAAGGAGACAAAAUCCUUCUUCUUCUUCUCCUCCUCCUCCUCUGAACAAUCUUGUGCAAUAUUUAGUACUAUUAUGUGUCUCUAUGAAUAUGUAAUAUCACAGUUCUGAUUCUGUCACGACUGUGCCUCGAACUUUAUAAUUAUAAUGUUGUUAAAAUAGUGUUCAUUGCCUGCUUAUUAAAGUGUAUUCUAGA